UAUUUUAAUUAAACAGGUCGCAGGUGUGUUGUCAGCAGGUGUGUCACGGUGAGCCGGAGCUGGGUUUCUCACUGACUUUACUCUGAGAGGACUGGACAAGAUGCCGCUGAAGAGGACGAGAAACGCAGGAAAUGCCCAAAGUAAAGAACAGCUUAGCCGGGAGAAGCGACAGAGCAGACUGGCUCUAUUUAUUCAACAGUUUGAGAAAGAAGCACAAGAGCGUUUGAACGAACGGGAGGCCAAAAUGGAGAAUAUGUUGGCAACUGUGGACAAAGUAUUUAAAGUGGAAGUGAUGAAGAUGCCACCUUCACUUCGAGACACACUCAUAGGGGAUUUAAUAAGCGAGGAGGAAAUCUCUACUAGUGAUGUGUCCAUUGCAAUGAAGAGUGAGUACCUUGAGAUGAACCAACCCCUCAGGAGGGUCCCAAGUAAAAGAGCAAAAUCAACUAAUUCCCCACCUGUUCAACACACCCCAGCCCAGAGGACCUCAUCUAAAACCUCAAAGGGAGGAAAGGGGACAAAACGGACCAGAACAUUAGUUGGGAGCAACAGCACUGGAAAUCUUGGGGGCUCCUCACUCGCUGCAAAAAGAACUCAAAGCCGCUUGACCAAGACCAUUGAUCAGACCAUACCAACCAAACCCAAGCUCAGGUCUGUCGUCUCAACUGGUGAUCUGCACUGUUCAAUGGCAGGCUCUGCUGCCCACAUCACUGUAACCACAGCACUGGGACAGACUGUCAGCUUCUCAGAAGAGACCAAAGAUGAGAUAAACUUGGACUUGCUGGAUGACGCAGCAUGGUGUCAGAUUCAGAAGCUUACGAGUCUGAUGGCCUAUCUGUCGAGGCGAAGUCGCUGCCAGCAAUAACUGAAGAAACACUGGUAACCACUGUGACCAGGACUUAAUGCCAGUGGAAGCUCAUAUUAAAUCUAUUUAUGACUCGGGUUACUUAUCAGAUGUGCUUUUAAGAGUAACAGUUUUACUUUGGUUGUAUGAAGAGUUUUAAUAAAGCUUAUUUGUAUUCUA